CCUUUAUUGAUACAGCAGCCAUUUUAUGACGAUGAAAAUAUUGGAAAUAAAGCUGAAAAUUAAACAAUUAUAGCAUACUUACAAUGGCAAGUGAAACCAUCAUCCCACCAGACCUGCCACAAGGGAAGAAAUACCAUGUAUUUCUGGCACAUGCUGGAGAAGAUGGCGAUGUGGCAUUACAGAUAAAAGCUGAACUAAGUGAAGCAAAAUUCCAAGUUAUGACAUUUAAGGAAGACUUCACACCUGGUUCUACCUAUCUCGAAGAAACAAUUGCAAAAGUGGAGCAGUCAAUGCGAAUGGUGGUACUCCUCACACCAACAUUCCUCAAGAAAAAUUGGCCAAUGUAUGAGGCCCAGCAAGGUAUAACACAGAUGCUCCAUGGAAAUGAACGCUAUGUUAUUGUCCUCAGAUACGGGCUUGAAAGCAGAGAUGUGCCAAAGUUUCUUAGAUGGGUUACAUCCAUUGAUUACAAUAAUCCACAAAGGAAUGCCAUGUUACAGUAUGCCAUCACAGACUCUACACCAUUGGAAAUAGGCCUACAAGGCAAUGACGUUGGGUUUGGUAUGGCCUGGGGGUACUUCUACUCAUAUUUGAAUGUCAUAGUACCACCACAAGGACCAGAUCAACUUGAUUUGAAAGGCCGCAUUGAAAAGCACCUUGCCACCCGUGAUAACCAAGACAUCACAUACAUGCCUCGUAAAAUGUACAUCCUGGUACCAGAGUCUGGCAUUCUGCCCAGCAAUAUAGCCAAUGUCGAUAAUCGUAUCACUACACGUGAUCCGGCUAAUGACAAAAUGAAGACUGUAGUGAUUAGAGGAGGAUCUGAGAGGCCCUACUGGAAUACUAUUCGUACCAUAGAUGAUGGUGCACAGAAAUUCCAGUUUCUAGUUGAAUACGCAACUGUGAUCCAGCCAUUAAAAGAAAUGGAGGAUAACCCUAAACUGGUCAGUUUUACUGCAGAUGAUCGCUUUGACCAGGUGAAGAGUUUCUAUAAGACCCUUGAGAACAUCAUACAGGAAUCAUUCACACCUGAACAACAGAGGAUGGUUGAGUUGAUACAAGUUAGAGACCAAGAUGAGAAUCCUCUUCCACUAGCUGACAUUCUAUUACAGAGGAUCAAACAAGAUAUGUCUCAAUAA